ACUACAAUUUUCAUUAUUUUUGUGUUGUGUGAUCACACUGUACUUAAUUCUGUCUUCUUCGAGUAACCGUUAAAGAAGUAUCUUGUUCCUUUCGGUCUUCUUUCCAACAUGGAUUCUCAAAUAGAACGCCCACAAGGUUAUGGUUACGACCAAGAACCCCGGAAUGCUGCAUUCCACGCUGAAGGGGAAGACGACCAUCACAAUGAGAAGAAGUCCGUUUUGAAGAAGGUGAAGGCAAAAGCCAAGAAAAUAAAAGACACGCUAAAAUUACAUGGCCACGGUCAAGGUUAUGAACAGGAUCAUUUGCAGCAUGAAGGUCAUCAUGUGCCUGAUGAUCACGACCUAGAGGAGGAAGAUGAUGAGGAAGAGGAUGAAGAAAUGGUUAUGGACCCUGAAACUCAUGGAGGAUCAGCAUUCGAGUCCGCAGUUAUUAGGAGCUCUUUGCCUUUGCAAGUGGAGAAGUUAGGUGAUUCAGUAGAAACAAGAGAUUCUAAUAAAGCCAAAGUCACUGAUUCAGUACGUAGCUCUUUUCCUAUUCAAGAAGAAGAUCAAGGACGUAAACUCGCUGUUGGGAAGACAAGUGAUGUUAAGGAAGUGCCUCAUGCUCUACUAAAUAAACCUGCAUCUAUUACACCUGGAAUUGUGGAACAAACAAAAAGUGUUGAUCCGGUUGAAAGUUUCGCUAGAGAACAAGAGGCAAUUCGAGGACUACCAGAAGUUCAUUUGGAAGGACAAAUGGAUUUGGAGGAGGAUCCUGACGCCCCUAAAGAUAGACCUGAAGAUUAUAUUCCUUCCAAUUAUCAGACAAAAGUCGCUGAUCCAACUGGCGCAGGAGGUAAAGAAAUAGAUGUUACUCCAAUUGUUCGUUCUUUCAAGGAAGUAAAUAUACAUGAUGAACCAAAACCAGAAGCUGAAGAUCAGUCUAUCUUCCCUACAGGAAGCCAUGAUCAAUUCUCUCCAGGACCAACUUCACCGAUACCCAUAACCUCCCAAGAGAGCCCUAAAUCAGUUUCAAAAACUUCCAAUGAUGAUGCAGCUGAGAAAACAUCAAAACAGGGCAGCUAUACGGAGAAAAUAUCCUCUGCAAUCUCAGAUAAAGCAAUCUCCGCAAAGAAUGUUGUAGCUUCCAAGCUUGGAUAUGGAGAGAAAGGCGAUAAUAAAGAACAUGAAGGAGAAGAGCAUGCUAAAGCAACGUCACCGGUGGAAUAUGGGAAGAAAAUAGCAGCGACUGUAACAGAGAAAAUCAGUCCCGUUUAUGAGAAAGUUGCUGAGACAGGGAGCAACAUGAUAUCAAAAGUGCCUGGAAUGGGCACUGAAACUGCAAAUGAAGAAGAAAGCAAAGUCAAAGGGCAAGAUAAAGGAGUGUCAAUGAAAAACUAUUUAGCAGAGAAAUUGAAGCCUGGAGAGGAAGAUAAGGCCUUAUCUGAAGUGAUAUCAGAAGCCUUACACAAGCCAAAGGCAGAGGAGAAUGAGAACGGAAAUAAAAAUAAGCCAACGGGUAAAGUGACAGAGUCAGAGAAGGUCAAGAAACAAUUGGCGAUUACAGAAGAGAAUUCUGAUGAAAGGGUGGAUCCAAGUUCUGUGCAUAAUGCUGGUAGUGCUAUGGUGGAUAAGCUGAAAGGAGUUGUUGGUUCAGUCUUUGGAAAAGGCACAGAGACUCGAGGUUCCACAACCGGCACUACAGUGUUUAGUGGAGAUGAAACAGGGGAGAGGAGACUUCAGGAAUCCGGAAAUUGAACAUGUUCAUUUACAGAAAAGAGUGUUCAGUUGGUUUUAUGUGGGAGUGAAUUUUGCUGCUUGUGUGAAUAAAAACUUUGAAUGGGCAACGUGUCUGCUUGUAUGUGGUGUUGUGUUUUUAUAUAUACAUAAAAGGAUGUUUGACAUUUUCUUGUUUGUUCUGUAACUACAAAUCUAGUUUGAUAAUUAGCAUGGAUGAAGAUAAACGGGCUGUCGUUUGACCAGAUGUUCUUGAUUCUCUGUUACAGUUGGCUUGGAUUUUAAGUUGGUUUCCUUCAUUAAGUACCAAUGUUAGUAUAUAUUUUAUGAAAUAACAAGUAAUGCAAAAUUGUGACUUCUUUUGUAUUCCA